AAUAAGUAAGCGCGCUGGAUGACGUCAUAAAGAAAUGUUAAUUAAGAGUCACCAAGGCCAGAAGAACCGCGCCUAACAAACUGCAACGUUCCCACGUGCGCCGUGAAAUGUUCGACCAGCGUCAUGGCGAAGCUGAAACGUGGAGGAAGAUCUCGUACCUUACGAAAGAACAAAUACAUCAAUCUUGUUCGGGACGCUGUGGACGAUCUGGAGAAAGGACAAGGCGUUUCUAGACAGAAGAUACUCGACUACGCCAUGAAAACCUGUAAGAGAAGAGGGAAGAACCUUGCAAACUCCGUCAAAAUGGCUAUAAUUGAAGCACUUGAUGCCGGUCUACUUCAACGAACCACAGGAUCGGGGUUAAAUGGAUCUUUUCGUCUAUCCGAGGAUCCAUCAGGUUGCUCAUUGGUUUCUUUUACAACAACUAAUGAAAUACACAUAAACGAACCAUGUAGACGUAGCCAAAGAUUACAGACAAAUAACAUCAUACACGAAACCAGCGGUACGAUUAACCAACAUUUCCAUCUCAAAGCAAUACUAAAMGCUCCUCGAAGUAAAAAAUCUUCAGGAUUUCACGUAAGGUUUAGCAGAAGCCCAUGUCAAAUUCGCUUGAUUUCACCUCUACCAUCAAGGAAAAGGAGAAGACGGUGUGCAGAGUAAAGGCAUUUAUUCAAGUCAUUGAGUCUUUCAAGGGAUUUCAAUUGUAUUCACCACAAUGUGCAUCCACCAGAAGGAAUCAUUGGUCAUGGCCACAUAACGAAAACGGGGAAAUUGAAAUGUGUAAAGUGAAAAAAAGUUGAAAUUGGAUGGGACAAUAAACACAAAGCAGUUAAAGUUCAUAAGUGGAUUUUAAUUGAAGCGUAGCAUUUAUCUAUGCAGGGGAUUUGCAUUGCAUGCAUAGUUCAUAGUGUGGCUGUCUCAAGUGCCAAAUUUCAAUCAUCAGAGAGAUUCAGAUUUUAUAGGCACAUGAAAUAGGAAUAAGUCAGAAAAUUAUCCCUGUCACUUUUUAGUUCCAUGCAUAGUGUUUUUUAUAGAUGCUCCAAUAAUUAGAUAUAUAUUAUUAAUAUUUUAAUGGCAUAUGAUAGCAUACUUUAUCUACCUUAAUUCUCACUAGUCUUGUCGUUAACUCAUGAUCAGUUCACCAAGGAUGAAACUAAAUAGCACUUUAGUUUGUUUGGUAGCUAGUGCAAGGUUUUUUUUA